AUCCAGAUCUUUUUAGUAGAGCUAAUGCUAACUUUGUAUCCCUCUAAUUGCACUAAUUGAGUUGUGAGAUCUGCUGUGUACAGGAUUUAGGUCCAAUAAUUAAAUCUUUCUCUUUUUUCCACAGGUUUCCAUACUUGCCUCUUAGCGAAAAAUGGCGUGGACGGUGCAUCUCAGUAACCUGGUGUUGGGUGUGUACGGCUUCACGCUGGUCACAGGCCUUCCCGCAAACAUCUUGGCUUUCUACACGUUCUUCCAGAAGGUUCGGCAGCGCUCCACCCCGAUGGACGUGCUGCUACUCAGUUUGACCAUCUCUGACCUGGUCUUCCUCUUCUUCCUGCCCUUCCGCAUGGUGGAGGCGGCCAACAUGAAGUGGACACUGCCAUAUUUCCUCUGCCCGCUGUCGGGUUUCAUCUUCUACUCCACCAUCUAUAACAGCACCUUCCACUUGACGGCCAUCAGUGUCGAGCGAUACCUCGGUGUGGCCUUUCCUAUUAAAUACAAACUCAAACGCAACCCCAGAAAUGCGUUGAUCGCCAGUGUUGUGUUUUGGAUCAUGUCAAUGGCGCACUGCAGUAUCGUCUACAUCAUGCAAUACCACAAUCAUUCCAACCCAAACUUCACCGAUCCGUCAACGCGAGACACUUGCUAUGAAGAAUUCAGCCCUGAACAGCUGCAGAUCCUCCUUCCGGUCCGACUAGAGCUGUUUGCAGUGCUUUUCUGCACGCCGUUCCUCAUCUGCUGCUUCUGCUACAUCAAAUUCAUCCACAUCCUCUCCAAUCUGCCCAGCAUCAAUGCUAAGAAGCGUUAUAGAGCGAUCGGGAUGGCACUGGGCACACUUUUGGUCUUCAUUAUCUGUUUCAUGCCCUACAACAUCUCGCAUGUGGUUGGAUAUGUCAACAGGCAGAGUCCAGACUGGAGGGUUUACGCUUUACUCACGAGCACAUUUAACGCAUGCCUGGAUCCGUUCAUCUUCUACUUCUCGUCUUCGGCGCUCAGAGGAACUUUCAAGAACGUCUUGGAGGAGGUGGCAAGGCGUCUGGUCCUUCCGUGUUGUCGCACGACUCUUUAUUGCCCUUUGUUGAACUGUUCAAGUGCUGAGGAGAAAACGCAGAGCUCCACUGACAGCACGCUGUAGAAGCUGAGUGGAUGCUUCAUGAUGAGACUGUGGUUUGUAGGAGACACCAUAUGGGCCAGUGUUUUUCAGUUUUCCUCUGACUGCAGUCGAGCGUUGUCAGCACAUGCUUUUGAGUCCAAAGCAAAUGAAUGUAAUUCUAAUGCAACACUGCAGCAGCAGCUUAAUGGACCUGAAUAAUGGACCACUAUCAAUAUAGAGUGCAAUAGAGCCGCCACACUUUUUUACCAGCGCUGGUUCUGAAAGUGUUUUUUCAUAAUUUUUUUUUCCCCUAAAACCCAUAUAGAUCUUUGGCAAUAUGUUC